AUCUUUACCAAACCGGAAGCUUAUGAAUUAAGUAAAGCAACAAACGCGGCGACUCAAGACAAGUAACUAAAGACUGUCGAUUGUCGAAGACUUGAAACGGAUCAACAAUGGGAAAGACUUGCAAAGUAGUUGUUUGUGGAUCAGCCGGAGUGGGGAAGACGGCAGUAUUAGAACAGGUCAUCUAUGGAACACAUCGCAUUGGACAGGAAACAACAUGCCCAACAAUAGAAGACAUCUAUGUUGCCAACAUUGAAACGAACAGAGGGACCAGAGAACGGGUCCGAUUCUACGACACCAGGGGUUUGACAUCCAGCAACCAAGAUCUCCCAAAACACUAUCUCAGCAUGGCCGAUGGGUUCUUAUUGGUGUACAGCACGACCAGCCAAGAAUCAUUCAACAUGCUGGAGUAUAUCAAAAAAGAAAUCGAUAAACUCAAAGAUAAGGACAAGAAAGAGAUAUCAGUGGUGAUGAUAGGAAAUAAAGUUGAUCUAAACCAACAGAGACAGGUUGACUUUAGAACGGCCAGUGACUGGGCAGUCAAGGAGAAGAUCCAAUUCUUUGAAGUAACAGUAGCCAACAGGAGCAGUCUCAUUCAGCCGAUCGUCUCGCUAACUUCUAAGCUCACGGUACCUCCAACCAAAUCAACCUUCUCCAUCUCGGUGAGGAAUUUCAAGCCGAAACAACUGCAAAGCUUUGGCGAUUCCUGAGACCAGUCCCACUCCUUCAUUUUUGGUGUCGCCUCGAAGGAUCAUUCACAAGAGAGAACACUCACAUGUGCAAUGUUAAAUAGGUUAUAGCUUUGUGCAUAUUGUGUUAGUUCUGCCCAGUCUACCUUAAAAGAGAGCUGUGGCGAUUACUGUGAUCAGUCCCACCCCUUCAUUUUGGUGUCGCCUCGAAGGAUCAUUCUCAAGGAAGAACAAUAUCACAGGUGCAGUGUUAUAUAUAGCUUGUGAUUCUUGUCGCGAUUCUACCCAGACUACCUUAAGGAGAGCUGUGACGUUUACUGAGAUCAGUCCCACCCCUUCAUUUUGGUGUCGCCUCGAAGGAUCAUUCUCGAGGAAGAACAAUAUCACAGGUGCAAUGUUAUAUAUAGCUUGUGCUUCUUGUGAUGAUUCUGCCCAGACUACCUUAAGGAGAGCUGUGGCGUUUACUGAGAUCAGUCCCACCCCUUCAUUUUGGUGUCGCCUCGAAGGAUCAUUCUCAAGGAAGGACAAUAUCACAGGUGCAAUGUUAUAUAUAGCUUGUGCUUCUUGUGAUGAUUCUGCCCAGACUACCUUAAGGAGAGCUGUGACGUUUACUGAGAUCAGUCCCACCCCUUCAUUUUGGUGUUGCCUUGAAAGAUCAUUCUCGAGGAAGAAUAAUAUCACAGGUGCAAUGUUAUAUAGUUCUGCGCUUCUUGUGUCGAUUCUGCCCAGUUUUUAAAGGAAAUAGUACAUUCUUGCUCAUCAAGAAUUUCAAAGAAGUAAAGCUUGCUGGUCUAACCUACUUCAGAAUUGCAUUAUAUCAGUGUGGUUUAUAUGGAGAUGGAACGCUAUACCAUUCACUGUUAGAAGCAAGCACGUAUGUCUUCUCUGAAGCACGAAGAUUCGUAUGGCUUGGUCACAUAUAAAGGGCGUUGCACGGAAAUGUUUGCGAUCAAUUGCAGAUAUUUCUGUUACAAUUUUAGCACUUGAUCAAUUUUAGAUGCAGCAAGUCAGUUUGCAUUCCUUGUUGCAAGAAUAAGAUCAGCGAUCGAUUGGAAUUUGCAAUUGAUUGGAAGACAUAUAUUUAAUUUGGGGAUCCUUAAUAGAUUUGCGAUUGAUCGCAGGUUUGUUGAAAUGCUCCGUGAAUCUGGAAGUGAGAAGUGGGACGAUGAUGUGCAUGGACCAUACCAGGGAGGUUCAAGAUCCACAAAAUGGAGACAAAAGUGGUUCUUGUCCAGGGCUUCGUAACGCAAAGAUGAGCGAUCAAUCGCUAAAUGAACUGACCAAUCAAUAUCCAUGUUACACACGCAUUAGGUUUAAAAUACUGACCAGGAGCCAAUCAGUGCUGUUAUUUCUUAUUUGCAAUUCAUCGCAAACCUUUGUGUUACGGAGCCUUGGUUCCAUGACAUUUGCUCUGGCGACAAUUGCUCCGCUCUAAAUUCCACACUAAUUGAAUGACGAACUGUAACCCUGGGUUUAACACUUUACCCUACCCUAAACCUAACAUAAAACACUAUUGCAACCCUAACCCUACAUCUUAGAUGAAAUUAAGCCUGGAGCAAUUGUCGCAAGAGUAAAUGAUGUGUCUCCGGUUCAAGAUCCAUAACAUGUAGACAAAAGUGGUUCUUGUCCUGGUUCGGUGACGUUUGCUCUGGCGACAUUGCUCCGCUCUAAAUUCAACACACUAAUCAAAUGACGAACUUCAACCCGGGGUUUAACACUUUACCCUACCCUAAACCUAACAUAAAACACUAUUGCAACCCUAACCCUACAUCUUAGAUGAAAUUAAGCCUGGAGCAAUUGUCGCAAGAGUAAAUGAUGUGUCACCGGUUCAAGAUCUGUAAAAUGGAGACAAAAGUGGUUCUUAUCCUAGCACGUAAUUGAACGGCUCUCAGAUGUGGUAAUCUUGAUCUGUUCAACUUGACGCAGGAAUGGAAACCUAGGGGAACUACACCGGUUUCCCGGCCUCCACCGCCAAAAAUCAUCCUAACUAUGAAUAUGUAAUUUGGGCCAUUCCAGACUUAGACUAUCUUAGAAAUUUAUGCUAGUCCAUAUAGACUCAAAGAUAUUGGUGUCAGCACUGUGAGUCUUUUAACCUAAUAGGAAACUUAUUCAAAUCAUGUACUUAUUGGGAAAAUGCUAAUAAUAUAAUAAUGAUCUAGGUAUUUAUAAUGCACUGCAGACGUAUAUUUUACAUACCUAAGUUCUUACAGAUUUGUUGUUAUCCCAGACAUUGGAUACAAUCAGUCAUUCCUGCACACGUUGUUUGCUCAUGGGGGGAGGGAUAUUCCAGCCACAUUAAAUUUUUGUGUUUAAAAAUUGAUGUUUUUAUAACAGAUGUAUUGAUUGAUUCACAUGUGUGGGAAACUUUUUAUGCAUUUGUUUUUUUAUUUUUCUGGAGGGGGGGGGUUAUGAAAAUAAGGAAAAGCAGAGGUCACAGAGUUUGAUAAAAGUGGGGGGGGGGGACAUCAUUAUCUUUCUUUUGUUUCAUCUAAAAAUCUGUCUUUGUCACCAAAAGGAAAAUGGGUUUAGCAGUUCAUAGUCGUCCCCCCCCCCCCUUUUACCAAAGGUCACAUUAAGAAAAAUGUUUAAAUGUCAUUCAUGUUUACCUAUUUUACCUAGUUUGCUUGUUGAAAUUUGUCUUAUAUUUUUCAUGUUGUUGGUAUGUACACUUGGACAUGUCAUUCUAUUUUUAUAGACUGUAUUCAGAAUAGAAUUAUUCACAUUAUAGGUCUGUUUGGGAUUUGCAUCACAAGGGUGAAAACUUGUUCCAAGAUAGGGUAGUUCAGCUAUGUAUUUCAUGUUAUAAUUAAAUGGGAUAUGAACUUAUGAAGUUACAACAUAGAAUAUUGUAGACAUGUUUUUGUCAGAUGUCUAUGAAUGUCUUUGUACUAGUCAACUUCUUGAAAUUCAGCAAAGUAUGUUAAAGAGUUUCUUUCACUUUUUAACCCUAAUUCUCCUGGGAGGGGGGGGGGGGGCCAUUACUUAAGGGGAAUGACAAGAAUCAAAAUACCCCGGGAGAUUGAGGGUUAAGACAGAAAUCUCAUUUAACUUUGAAAGCUAAAUGUGCAAUGCAUUUGAAUGAAAAUUUAAGGAAUGAUUUAUUGGACCAUGUUUGAAGAAGGUUUCACAUAUCCUGUCUGGAAUUGCAAAUUAAAAAGGUGCUCUAGCAAAAUGUACGCUUUAUUUUGAAUACUGAAGCCGUGCAUGGAAAAAAGGUCAAGUCUGCAUAAAUGAUAAUAUUCACCUAUGUCGAGGCAUUUUUCAGACCUUGGGCCUGUAACACAAAGCUUAGCACUCAUCAUAGAACAUGUAUUUACGAUUAAUUGCACUGAUUACAAUGUACAAUGAAUUGUGAAAAGUAAGCGUACGAUUAAUCGCAAACCUCUGUGUUACGGGCCCCAGAUUAUGCAAAGCAGUUUUAUGUACAUCUUCUAUUUGAAUUUCAUCCAAGUCAAACAGAUUGGGGGGAUGACAAUCUAAAAUGUUUUUCCUUGGAUUAAUUGUACUGUACUGCCCUCUUUUUUUUUUUGGGGGGGGGGGUGCAAUCUUUCUUUCCUUUUUUUACCUCCCUUUCCCCCCCCCCCCUCCCCUGUAGUGGAAAAUCUAUCCAGGUCUGACACUAUGGCCCGUAUUCUGAAGUCAGGUUUUAACUUAGACCAUGGUCUAACUGUGUGCUAAAAUUAUGGGAAGCCAAACGUGUCAAAAUUUUGUUAUAAGUUGUAUGUUUCUUAUGUUUACUGUGCUCUUUCCUGAUUCAUCGAUGGUGAAGACAAUCAUCUAUUUGUACUUCCUAGAAAAUUACGAAUGAUUUGAGAGCCAAAUGAGCUGAAAUAUGAGAUCUCUACCGUUAGUGAUUUAUGUAGCAAUUGGCUAUUCAUACUGAAACCACAACUUUAAACCUGAGUUUAAGUUAAACCCGACUUCAGAAUACGGGCCAAUGUAAUUUCACAGCCCAUAUUGUUUGUGCUCUACAGUGGGUCUGAAGAAUGUUUUAUGUCCAAUUCAGCUGGAUUCGCCACUGCCCCACUAAUAAAAAAAGGAAAAAAAUCAGAAGGCAGCCCCCCCCCCCCAUGGUUUUGCCCCUACAUUUUACCAAUCUUGCCAGACAGAAUCAUUUCGAUGUACAAUGAUACAUAUAUUUUUUUAUAAUCUAUCAAAAAACAAACUCCUCUGGAAUUUGGCCACUGACUUAUAAGGUCCAUGUAUUCAACCACAAGUUUGUAUUUAGUGUAUUUACAAAUGAUAAUAUAUUCCAUAUUUGUUUUGUGUGCAGAAAAUAUUUUUAAUUUGAUUAAAUCGAUGCCAAUUAA